UCGCUCUUCAACUUAGGUUUUUCGAAAACGUUUCAUUGUAAAUUGCUAUUAAUACACCUUUUGAUUUCUAAAACAGUCAUAGACAUUAAGUAUGUGGUUGACUAGAGUACUAUUGGGCCAUCGCUUUCGGAGUGCAAAGGUUCCUGGUGUGCAAUUUAUAGGCAAACAUCGCCGUUUCAGACCCAUCACCAAAUACAUGAUCAGAAAUCUUGAAGAAAGACUGGCAGUGGAGGAAGAGAAUGCUAAACAUUUAAGUCGACCAUUCCUUACAAAGGAAGAGGAAUACUGUCAUGCUCAGGAAAGACGAGCCAGAAUAAAGGAGGAAUUCAAAACAGCCCGACGUUUCAGCAAAGCACCCCCUAACCGAUACAUUGAUGAUCAUCUAGCUCAUCUGAGAGUAUCAAAGAAAUGGGAUUGACCAGAGGAAACAUAUUAUGAGAACUGCUUGAAACUAACUCUUGAACUUUGAGACAUGUUUGCUUGAUGCCACUGUAGAACAAUGGAGGUAUGCAAGUUGUUAGUGAUGUGAUAUUAAACUCAAGUUAUCAUCUGCAUACUUCAGCUACUGCUAUGAGAAUAUUCUUGCAGUCACGUGGGUUACUAUUUCGGACCGCCGACAUCCGAAAUUUUCCUCUUCUGAUUCUUACAUUAUACGUCCAUCUUGCAAGGUGCAUGUCAUCUAAGAAAAUCAAUUUUUUUAAGUACCCCACCACAUCCUUUUUGGAGGUGGCCUCUUGUAGUUUUCAUUUUAUUUCAUUUUUUUAGGGGGGAGGGCAGGGAGUAAACACUCUUAAAUGGAAUUUUUUAAGAAAAAAGGAUUUCUAAUGAUUUUGAAAGUACAUGUCUUUAAAAAAAAAAGAAGACUGGUCUACCAUUUUGACAUAAAAAGGGGCCUUCUCCAUACCUUUAAAAGGCCUGAAAUCUCUAAACACCAUAAUGCAGCAUAAUUGAUCAAGAUAUACAUUGCAGCUAGUGAGGGAUGUGCAUUUGAAGGAAUAAAUAAAUUGGUUGAUGAGUAAUUGGCAAUAACGUUUGCAUCAAUACAAAGUAAGAGCCUACCUGUGUAUCACUAUCAUGAGACUUCAAGGAUUCCAUUUAUCUUUGGUCAGAAAAUGAUAUGACAUUUGAAGCAAGUGAUGUAAAGAAAAUUUUAAAGAAAUAAAUAUCAAUGGUGUACUAAAUGUACUAAAUCAACUGGAUGCCUGCAUGAUGACAUAUGUCAGAGGUCACUCAGAGAUUAGGUUUUCACUUCUAUGAGAUCAUGGAAGUAAUUGGAAAUAAAAUGCAUCUGAUGAUGGUGUUUUGUAAUCUA